UGCAGAAGCGCUACCUGGCACAGCUCAUGGGUGCGUCAGCAUUCUAGGUAGAAAUGAAUGAAAAAUCAAUCAGCGCGACUGCAGUGCGAGCCCACGCAACUCUAACCUAGUUUGUGCAUGGCUCUGUCCACACGCCCCGAGCAGGUGCAAGUACUCUUUAAGAUGCGAAGAGGCCCCUCGGUGCUAUAAAAAUGAACUCCCUACUCUUCCUUGGACUUGUGUCCCUGAGCCUGGCUGACAACUUUGACCACGCAUACAGCGACCUGGAACAUUACAGAACCAUCUACAUCUCAGAAAAUGGCCCCCGCCUCUCGGUGGUGAUGGAACAGGCCAAAGUGGUCUCCCGUCGGGGUGGGAACGUCACCCUGCCUUGCAAGUACUACCGUGAGGGCGCGGCCGCUGCCAACCCUAAGCUGAGGAUCAAGUGGACCAAGUUGACGUCAGAUUACUUGAAGGAGGUGGACGUCUUUGUGGCCAUGGGCUUCCACAAGAAGAGCUAUGGCAGAUUCCACGGCAGGGUCUUCCUCCAGGAGGCCGGCGAGAACGAUGCCUCGCUGGUCAUCACCGAGCUCACACUCGAAGAUUACGGCAAGUACAAGUGCGAGGUCAUCGACGGCCUAGAGGAUGGCACCGGAGUGGUGGCCCUGGAUUUGGAAGGGAUUGUGUUCCCCUAUUUCCCCCGCUUGGGGCGCUAUAAUUUGAACUUCCACGACGCGGAGAAGGCCUGCGAGGACCAGGAUGCAGUGGUGGCCUCCUUCGACCAGCUGUACGACGCCUGGAGAGGGGGGCUGGACUGGUGCAAUGCGGGCUGGCUCAGCGACGGGUCUGUGCAGUACCCCAUCACCAAACCACGGGAACCAUGCGGGGGCAAGGACACCGUCCCCGGCGUGAGGAACUACGGCCUACGUGACAAGGAGAAGAACCGAUACGAUGUGUUCUGCUUCACUUCUAACUACAGAGGUCGUUUCUACUAUUUGAUACACCCGACCAAGCUCACGUACGACGAGGCCGUCCAGGCAUGCCGGAAAGACGGGGCCCAGAUCGCCAAGGUGGGGCAGAUGUACGCCGCCUGGAAGCUGCUAGGCUACGACCGCUGCGACGCCGGCUGGCUGGCCGACGGCAGCGUGCGCUACCCCAUCUCGCGGCCCCGGAGACGCUGCAGCCCGACGGAGGCGGCCGUGCGCUUCUCGGGCUUCCCCGACAAAAAGCACAAGCUGUACGGCGCCUACUGCUUCAAGGCGUACAACUGAGAGAAGCGCGACUUGAGUAUUCAUUUCAAAAACGACAAAACACAUGGGAGUUACACUUAGUACGAAAGCAUUCAAACUGUGAUAACUUUUUUUUUUUUAAAUAAUGUCAGACAAGAGGUAAAGACAAAGGAUCAUUUUCAUAUGGUAAAGGACAAAACUUUUUUUUUGUAAACGGAAACAAAAUGUUAUGUCAUUGUUUAUCACUCUCAGAUAUUUUAAAUUAAUGUAAUUUUAUCAGGAGAACUAGAUGACAAAAAUAGCAUAGCAGAAACUGGGAAGGAAGUGGGGGGAGAGGGGACUGAUUUACAUUACCCCAAUAGUUAUCAACAGGGCAUGCAGUAGCUUGAAGAUCUUGUUGGGACUGAACAAAAAAAAACAGUAAAGCUUCUCAAAGUGGGACCUGAUACUUUUGGGCAGCAGUGUUGUUGUUUUUCAAUGAUGUGUAGGAAAUCAACAAGUACAGAAAUUUUAUGGAGAGUGUGCCAUCUGCAGUAUGUGUUUGCACAAGAAUAAUGUUGUUUAAAAUGGAUCAACCGCUCACAUAUCAGAGUGAGCAGAAGUGUAAUCAGUCUCAAAUUUAUUUCUAUUCUGAGGCAUUGGACUUCAUGUAAAAGUUAGCACAAUAAGUAGAAAGCACCUUUGCUCUCUUCUGUCUGCCAUCUCUCUGGGGUGCUAUAUGGUAUACACUUGAUGUACUUUAAUCAUACCUUUGUGUAUUUUGUUUUCAAGUACAGUAUUAAUGUAUGUGGACCAAACUGCCAUAUUUACAUCUCAAACAUAUUACUACAAACAGUUGCAUAAAAUAAAAAGCCAUAGUUGGAAUUGUUAACUUACUUGCCUUUUUUAAAUGUGGCUUUCUGCCUGUCAUUUGGUCAACAAAUCUCUCUAUGAAUUUCUCUGAAAGAGGCAUGCAUUUUUCUAGUGUUGUUCACUUUUAUCAUGACAUCUAAUUCCAUCGGAUUAUGUUUUCUCCAAUGUUCUUAAUUUAGAUAUUUCAAUAGAUGCAGUGAUACAGUACACUCUGUCCCCAGUACAGCCAAUAAAAAUGAAAAGAAAAACCUUGCACAAAGCUCUGGUAGUAUGUCACAGCAUUCAUUUUCACCAAGGAAAGUAAACGCGAACAGCCAUGCAUUGGAACUCAGUAGCUGCACAAUAUCCAGUAUCGUUCUCACUGCCUAUUCAAUGGUCAGUAUUGCUUUGGGAAAGGAGUGACUGUUGCUGACCUUGUUACAACUUCUGAUAAAUGUCAAACCCUAGUGGCUGUUGCUAACACUGGAAUUAGAAACCCGUGUGGGCCCUUUAGCAAUAAGUGACCUGCUGCUAAUGAGGGAUGUCACUGCACCUGCUGACUGCAUGAUACAGGAAUGGCUUACACUAGUGGAAAGUACAUAGUCUUGAGGUGGGGAACCACACUAAUUUCCUCUGUUCCCUCUUCCUUCUCCACAGGUGAUGACAGGUACUAAUAGGGUGCCAACUAAAAUGCAAGAUUUCCUUUUAUGUAUUUCAUCCUCACUGGUAGGGUGGAAAUAAAAUUUUAUAGAUUUGAAAACAUUGCCCCUCCUGUAAAAGUAUCGAGUUACCUUUGAGUAGCUUUCCUGUGAAGUUUAUUUUCUUUUGUUUUGAUUUGAUUUUACCUUUCCAAAGGUAACUAUGUUAAUGAUAAUACAAAAUGAAUUUUUAGCAGCAUAAAUCAUAAACUCAGGGCAGUUACCAAAACCAACUGCUGGACAGAGACAGUGCAGAUUGAAAAAAAGAAGCAGCUUGAUAUUUGUUAGUUUUGAAAAAAAAUGUUAUAAUCCUACCAAAUAUGUUACUGAAAGUAUUUUAAUGUUUUCUUUGUGUCAGCAUACUGUGAAGGUCACAGUUUUGGAAAUUCAGGGCGGAAAGAACUGAUUUCGCUCGCUGAUUAUUUGUUAACUCUAGCCACUAUAGAUAGUGUUUAGAAAACAAUUACGGUCGACAAGGAUUCAAGAGGCAAGAAUUGCAGCAAUACGAAGAAGUGCUUGUUGCUUGUGUCAUUGUCAGCUUUAUUUUGCUUGCUUCUUUCAUCCAGCAAGUGUACAGAUUGACUGGCAAAUAUGGGCAGACCAACCCCAACAAUCAGCAAUGUAAUGUCACAAUGCAUUUGAAAGCCACAAUGCUCAAAACGAACAUUUAUUUCCCAAUUAUUUUUUGUGU